GAUAGUAGAAACAUUUUAGCAGACUUUGCGAUGGAAUAAAGUCUAAAUAGGUCAGGCUGCUUAUCAUCUCCUAUAACCUUAUGCGAGCCCGAAUUAAUUUUAUUUCUCUCAACCCGCCGAGGCACGCACAACCAAAACAUGACAUUUAGGUUCAUAUACAGAUGGGUUUUAAUGUUCCUGAUGCUACGUUUGAGCAGCUGUAGGAAGGAAAGCGCAGACUUGUGCUUCACAAUGAGGUAGACAUGGCCGCUGCCAUACAGACAUUGACUGAAAGGAUUGAGCAGUUGGAAGUUCGACAUGAAACCGAAAUACAAGCUCUGAAAGCAGGAUCCGUUGGCGGUUCAGUUUACACCAGAUGGGGAAGAACAACCUGCCCUCAGAACGGAACAGAGCUCGUGUACGAUGGUUUCACGGCAGGAAAUACCUACGACCAAAAUAGAGCUGCAGAUUACAUUUGUCUUUCGGGUGAUCCGAUAUGGGGUGUGUAUAGUGAUUCUCCUCUGACAUAUUCACCGAAGAUAUACGGAACUGAAUACGAAAUGCCUGAAUAUAGUGCAGGGGGUACCAAAUUCUUCGGAAGCAAUAUGCACGACCAUGAUGUCCCAUGCGCUGUGUGCAGAUCCAGCCGCCCAACCACCGUGAUGAUUCCCGGUAGAAACCAGUGAUACCCGGGCUGGACGAUGGAAUAUGCAGGCUACCUGGUAUCUAGUCUAAGUGAACAUGUAUCACCGACUAAUUACGCUUGCCUUGAUACUCAACCAGAAGUUGAACUGGGAGAUGCUGAAGACAAGAAUGGUAAAGUGAUGUAUAUUGUGGUAGCAGCCUGCGGAUCUCUGAAGUGUCCACCAUACGUUCAAAGCCGAGAGAUCACAUGUGUUGUUUGCUCAAAAUAACCAUUUCAUGUCGUUUUGUAACUUCGUAUACAGCUAAUGGGCUGAGAUGCAUAUCACCAGUUUGUUUUGUCAACGCAGUUAUUAUAUGAUACUUAGCGAAAAUAGAAAACAUAUACAUUAAA